CGCGGUUGUUUGGAAUUGCAGCGGCUGUCAGAUAUCCGGACUACAGGCAGACGACUCUUGAAUUAGCUUGCGAGCAGGCUCACGUUGGAGCACAAGCGCGCGCGGCGCGCGGCAUAGCCGCGAGCGCGAAAUCGAGCGGCGAAGCCGCGAGCUCAUCACCAGACUCCUUGCCGCUGGAUCGCUUUGCUCUUCGCCGCUUACGCGCGUGACUCGAAGGUGAGCCUGCUCGUAGACUAGAAGUAAUUGUAUCAGGCGUUCUUUCUCCUUUCCCUUGCGGUGAAAAAACAAAAACAAAAAAACAAAACAAAACAAAGUCUGGGUUAGAUGUUCCCCUCCCAGGCCGCUCUCCCCAAUCCCCUUAGACAGGUUGGAACAUGUACCGUCCCAGGCUAUCACGGUUUUCGCUUUAGUUCCUGUUUAGUUUCUUUGCGAAAUGUCAACUAGCGAGCGUUUACUUUAUUUAUAUUUGUUCCUGUUUGUACAUGUAGUUGCAAUUGAAGAAACGACUGCUGCUUCUUGUACGAAGAUAAAUGACUGCGAGUGUCGAAAGAGCAAUGGCAAAAUAAUGAGCUUGAAGCCAGUGGACGGUGGAACUGCGGGCCCCAAAUUUCCAGACAUAAAGGGAAGCAAACAGGGUCAACCUAGCCGAACUUAUACCUUGAGCUGGAAUCCUUGCACACAAUUUUCUGAUGAUAAAUGUGAUGAUGUUUUGCUAUGUCAAAAGGAUGGUGCUGCUACUUAUCCAGUUGCAAAAGAAGCAAGUACCUUCAAUGAAGAAACUGAUGGUUCUAUUACUUUGACCUACAAGCCUGUCACAUUUAGUGGCUACACCAGAACAGCAGUAGUUAAGUUGAUUUGCGACAAGGACCAAAAUCCUGGGAAGCCUGAUCCGUUUAUUGAGGUGCAAGGUACUGGACAACUGUCGCAGUAUAAGACAACGUUUCGUUCUAAAUUUGUGUGCGAUGAGGGUGGUUCAGGCCUAAGCACAGGCAGUGUCCUGCUGAUAGUGUACGUAUUAAACGUAGGACGAAGCGUGCGUCCUUGUAGGUAUGGAGAUACCCAGGAGUUUGGAGAGCAUGCUGUAGAGGAGAGUAGCUUUUUGAGUGCUUUUCUCAAGCUGAACAGGCCUUACCAAUAUACUUAUUUGGUACUUAUUUCUGUGCGUUUAUCAAUAACUCGAUGGGCGCACGUAAAACAUGAACCAGUUCUUGUAUAACAUAAUGUAAAAGAUCAAGAAAGCAUUGACAAUUGAGUCCGUGUCCAUUGUUUCUUCUCUAUUUUGACUUUUGGAGCUAAAAGUCCACGCCGAUAGAAAAGUUGGGGAGAGUUAGAC